UCCCUUCCUCUCUUUCUAUCUCUCUCCCUUCCUCUCUUUCUCUUGUUCUUGUUCUUUUUCCCCAUCUCUGUUCUACCAUUGGAUGUGACAGAGGUCAGUUGCUUCGCUUAAUUCCCGGCCGGCCACUCCUCAGCUGCCGUUGAAGCAUGUAGAAACUCCGGGAACCCCAAGGUCCUGUAAGAGUGAGCAGACUAGACGAAGGUCAUCACGGAGUGUCAGUCUGCUGCAGGCCAUGGAUGAGAACUAUGAGGUGGACCUGGUGUACAUCACCGAGAGGAUCAUCUCUGUCUCCUUCCCCAGCGGAGCGGAGGAGCACAGCUACACCUCCAACAUUAAGGAGGUGGCCUCCAUGCUGGCCUCCAAACACGGGGAACACUAUCUGCUCCUCAACCUAAGCGAGCGGAGGAAUGACAUCACCAAGCUUAACCACAAGGUGCUGGAGUUUGGCUGGCCAGACCAUUAUGCUCCGGCCCUGGAUAAGAUCUGCAGCAUGUGCAAGGCCAUGGACACCUGGCUCAACGCUGACCAACACAAUGUAGUGGUGCUUCACAACAAGGGGAACCGUGGGAGGACAGGAGUGGUGGUGGCUGCCUACAUGCAUUACAGCAACAUAUCAGCCAGUGCUGACCAGGCACUGGACAGGUUCGCCAUGAGGCGCUUCUACGAAGACAAAGCACUUCCUGUGGGUCAACCGUCCCAGAGAAGGUAUGUGCGUUACUUCAGUGGUCUGCUCUCUGGCCACAUCAAGAUUAACAACAAGCCUCUGUUCCUGCACCACGUCAUCAUGCACGGCAUCCCCAACUUCGAGUCCAAAGGAGGCUGUCGUCCUUUCCUGAAGAUUUACCAGGCGAUGCAGCCAGUCUACACGUCAGGGAUAUAUAACGUCCAAGGUGACAGUCACACCAGUAUCUGCAUCACCAUUGAACCUGGCCUUCUCCUAAAGGGAGACAUUUUGUUGAAGUGUUACCACAAGCGUUUCCGGAGCCCCAUUAGGGAUGUGGUAUUUAGAGUGCAGUUCCACACCUGUGCCAUCCACGACCUGGGAGUGGUCUUCGGGAAGAAUGAACUGGAUCAGACUUUUAAAGAUGAGAGAUUUCCAGAAUAUGGGAAAGUGGAAUUUGUCUUCUCCUUCGGACCUGAGAAAAUCAAAGGAAUGGGCCACCUUGAGAAUGGCCCACAAGUGUCGGUGGACUACAAUACCCAAGACCCCCUCAUCCGCUGGGACUCCUACGAGAACUUCAACAGGGGCUGCGAGGAUACAGGAGAUGACGUUGUUCACACCCAAGGCCCCCUCGACGGCAGCCUGUAUGCCCGAGUCCACAAGAAAGAGUCCCUCGAUGGAGUGGUCACAAUCAACGGCCUUCCCGUCCUCGACCACCCCCUAUCGAACGCAGACCACACCCCCCAACACCCUGACCACACCCUCCCAAGUUCUGACCGCACCCUCCCGGUAGUGGGCCACGCCUCCCUGCCCGCGGUCGACCACGCCCUGUCGGUCAGCAGCGACUCUGGGAACUCGACAGCAUCUGUCAAAACCGAUCGCACCGAUGACCACAGUCUGUUGCUGCAUGGAGCGGUGAACACCAACCAGAACCACAACACGCCCAGUCAUCCCCCUCUCAGUCCCCAGGAGAAGAGAGAGUUGGACCAGCUUCUGAGUGGCCUUGAGGCCCCCAUGCUCCACCGCCAGGCCUACCUGGCUACCUCCACCAGCCCCGGGGGGGGAAUACGCCACCUUGUCCCAGCCCAGGUGCACGUCAGCGGGCAUACCCGGCUCAUUGCAGCCCCCUCCGCCGAAGAGCGCGAGACGGACAUCUUGGACGACGAGCUGCACAUCAGUCAGGAGGGUAACAGCGUGGACAGUUUGGGAACACUCUCGUCAUUGGAGGGCCAGGCCACGCCCGCAGAGCUGUACUACCAAUCACAGAUGCCCAUUAACAGGCAGAACGACGGGCCAUACCUAGAGAAGCUACGGGAGAUGCCGGUGCACCGGGUACGGACUUCUACGUCGGCACAGGAGCGGAUCAUGGACUCCAGUUCGCCCCAGGAGGAGGAGUACUCUCCUAACAGUUACCAGAACGGGAGUAUGCAGCGUUCCCAGUCCUUCGGGACCCCCGAGCCGGGAGGCCCCAAGCUGCCCAGGGCCCCUGAGAGGAGCACCAGUAGCAGGGAGGCAGUCCAGAGGGGGCUGAACGCAUGGCACCAGUACAGUCUGCCAGACGACCCCUUCGGUCCUCCCUUACAGAGCACCCACAGUCUGCCCCACUUCCCCCCCACCGCCUCUCAGCACGACAUAGAGCAGUCUAUCGAAGCCCUCGACAUGCUGAUGCUGGAUCUGGACCCACACACAGGACAGGUGCCCAAGUCCUACAGCGCCCCCUCUGGUGAGAACAGUGUAGGAGGGUCAGCCCAGAUCCCCUUCUCCCAAUCUCUGGCCAGGCCGUCCUACCAGGCAGACUCAGCCAUCCAUGGCUAUAACAUUAACUACAAUGCCUUCGGACAGCCUCUGAGGUCGACGGCUGGCCGGGUUUCAACGUCGCCCGUCCAGAGUCCUGUGGCUGAGUCUCCCCUGUCGUACGCCCCCCCGAGGUCCGCCUCGUACCAGCCCCACACCAACACCACUCCAAUACACCCCCCCGAGCCCUACCACACGCGCCCAGCCCAGGGGCCUGGUUCCCCCCUCUACCCCUCUGACUCCUCCCCCACCUUCGGACAGCUCCAGAUGAAGCCCCUGAACUCGUACCCAGGUGGGACGGUGGUGUCCCACUCCCCAGACCGCAAGGGAGGGUCUCCCUAUCAUGGCUACAGCACCUCCUCCUCCCCCCUCCCCAACUCUUCCCCCCUUCUCAAGGAGCCAGAACCUGAGGAGGAGAACCUCAAUCUGGAGGGCCUGGUGGCUCAACGCAUCGCUGGGAUGCGUUCCCGUGGGAUGACCCCGGAGGAGGCUCAGGAGACCGUCCGCCGUCGGACCACUAGCGAGGGGCACUACCAGAGUGGCAAUGAGGACCCUCCAGCCCACACGGGGGCGCCGGUGCGUUCCCCUGUCCACUCGUCAGACUUCCACAUCCUCAACCCUGGAGGAAGACCCAGAGAGGGCCCCAUGCACAGCUACCGCGAGGCGUAUGAGGAUGAUGAUGCUGACGGUCGGGCUGCUGUCAGUCCUAUGUUCAGCAGUGGUGGUGAGGCCCACCCCCUGACCCCUGCCUUCCCUGUCUCACCUCAGACCCCUUACUUCAACAUGUCCCGUUCUCCUCCAGGCUUGGCCAAAACCCCUCUCUCUGCUUUAGGACUGAAGCCCCACCAUCCAGCAGACAUUCUCCAUGGUGGAUCAGACGGCCGUGGUUAUGGUGGACACCCCUUUAAUGAUCCUAUAUCUUCCAGUAGUCCCAUCCACAGCCCAGACGGCAUGAGGAUGACUUCCUCCAUUCGGCUCCAGGCUGACUCCGGCUUCCACUCCCACCCCUUGGAGAGCGCCCAGCACACCCCCGUUCCGUCCUACGGCCCCCACUCCCCUGAGGGAUCCCAGGUCAGCGUCGUGGGCCCCCUCCACACCGUCCCCGGAAGCCCCAACACACUCCACCGCACGGUGGCCACCAACACCCCACCAAGCCCCGCCCUCCAGCGCCGCCUGGCCAACCAGGCCAGCCCGGGUCUGGCUCGUCACCCCACACCGCCCAAUGGAAAUAGGGUACAAGUCCCCGGCAGCCCUGUGAUCCCCGCAAGAGGCUCCAGAACCACCGCCGUCCCUCCUAGCCCUUUGAUGGGGCGCCACCCGAUGGCCAGUGGCCACACUACGCCCGAUGACAGACAGGGGGCACCACCCACGCCCUCCUUCCCAGUGUCGCCCCAGCCGAUGCUUCCAGAGAAGAGGCGGAUGCCCAGUGGAGAGAGGUCCAAUGGGGGGCUGUCGUAUGGGACUGUGGAUGGGAAGACCACCACACCCACCUUACCCAGUGGAGGCAGCACGCCCAGUGUGUCCACCUCUCACACCCUACCCGACCUCUCCAAAUUCUCCAUCUACGACCAGAGUCCAGACAUCAGGCUGAACGUGAAGUUUGUCCAGGACACGUCUAAGUUCUGGUACAAGCCAGACAUCUCCAGAGAGCAGGCCAUCAGUCUGCUGAGAGACAGGGAGCCAGGGGCCUUCGUCAUCAGGGACAGUCACUCCUUCAGAGGGGCCUACGGCCUGGCCAUGAAGGUGGCCUGCCCACCUCCCACCGCCCAGGCCAACAAGAAAGUUGGUGACAUCACAAGCGAGCUGGUGAGGCACUUCCUGAUUGAGACGAGCCCCAAAGGCGUGCGUCUGAAGGGCUGUCCCAACGAACCCUACUUUGGAUGUCUGUCUGCCCUAGUGUACCAACACUCGAUGACUCCUCUGGCCCUGCCCUGCAAGCUGAUGAUCCCCAGCAAAGAUCCCAAUGAGGAGGCCCUGGAGCUGGACACUCCCACUGACACAGUGGCCGAGCUGGUGAAACAAGGAGCAGUAGCACAGCAACAAGUCCCCGAGGAGGCCCAUGCAUGCAAUGUUCUUUACAUCAGCUCUGUGGACAUGGAGUCUCUGACCGGUCCUCAGGCCGUCGCCAAGGCAAUCAGCGAAACGGUGGCCGUCAACCCGUUGCCCACGGCAACAACCGUCCACUUCAAAGUGUCGUCCCAGGGCAUCACCCUCACGGAUAGCCAGAGGAAGGUCUUCUUCCGAAGGCACUACCCAAUCAACACUGUCACCUACUGUGACAUUGACCCCCAGGACAGGAAGUGGAGCAAGGAAGGAGGUGGAACGGCAAAACUGUUUGGUUUCGUGGCACGUAAACAAGGAAGCACAACGGACAACGUCAGCCACCUGUUUGCCGAGUUGGACCCCGACCAGCCUGCUUCAGCCAUCGUCAACUUCGUCUCCAAAGUCAUGAGGCGAUGAAACCAACCAACCCCCGGCAGCCAUUUUUUUGUUCUUCCAUUUUUUUUCCUUAAUUUUGGAUUGUGUUUCAUUAUUUUCUUCUGUUCUCUUUGUUUUCUUCUGCGAGAUUUUAUGUUUGAAGGACUUGGAGGUAAUCCAAGAUGGCGUCAGAGGAAGUUGUGGCUGGAGUGGUGACAGUGAUAACGUGGCUCGAGCUGGUGGAGGAAGAUGGUUUCUUCCACAGGGUAACUGUGGAAGUCCAAGUGGAGAAGCUGCGUGCUAAACUACGUAUCAGUGGGAGAAAAGGACACUGACAUUUAUCAGGUUUUCGGAUUGAUUUACCAAAGGUAGCACCACUCAGAACAAGUAUGUCAUUAUUAGAUGGUCAGUUUAAGGCGUUGUAGGUUCUCUUUUUUUUGGUUCUUUUUUUACAAUGGGACUGUUGAAAUGAAACAGACAAAAACAGAAAGAAUGCUUUCUUCUUGAACUUUAUUCUGUCUUCAGAAAAAUAGUUUGCCUCAAUGGCUUCUUACUAAAGAAUAUUUAAGAAGACAUUUUGCAUGUUAGCUCGAUCUUUAAGCUUGGUCCACUAAAGUAAUUUGUGAACCCUCGAGUGGACAUUUCCCAGGCCUGUUGUAUGUUGUAAAGGGCUCAACAGCGAGAAAAAUAAACUGUUCUCAACUUCACAGAGCAGAUCAACCUUCUCAUAAAACACAUUGCUAAUGUUAGGUCCAGACUUGACCAGUCGAUCCUGGAGCGCACUGAUUGAUUUCAGAUGUGGGAGAUGGAUUACUCUGGCCUGUGGAAAGGUAGCUGGUAAAUCUACUGCUGUCACUCCUCCUGUCCACACGGUGGUGCCGAUUAUCCACGUUUGAACUCAAUCCUGCUUGACUCAGACUGAUCCUCACCUGCUGGCUGCUCACAGACACUGCUACUUAACACACUGGAAACAAACGCCAGGGACUGGUCCGAGCCCUGGGCCCUAGGCACUGUCCUGCAUGUUUUAGUCCAACUGCACCCCCCUCCCUCUAAGCUACGUUCAACAUCACCAAAACGGCCAUUCUAUGCUGUGUUCUAUGAAGACUUUAACCCUAAGACAAGAAAACAGAGGUUGUUUGCCUUGUUAGAGACUGCAUGAUAUUAUAAACCAUUUUUGGACUCUACUAAAGAGUCCUAAAAAGAAAAAAGAACAUGUAGACAGCCUUUUGUUGAAGUAGUUACUCGAUGGUGAGAUGCGAUAUUUAUUUUAUUUUCUUGUUCCAACUUGCAGCAGGGUUUCACUGUAUCAAGCAAGGUUGUCUUUCAUUUUUAACCAAAAGGGAAUUUAUCCUCUCACCAGAUCGCAUCUACAUACCUUUAGACAAACCUAGAGGUUGUCACACUGUGUGUAAAUGCCUGCUUCUCAAACACACACCACCCACUCUUUCAUAAGCUAAGGAAAAAUGAUAUUGAUAUCAAAUGUAUAUAGAUAUACUACUUUGAAAGGUAACAUAGCUAAAAAAAAUAUUUAUUUUUGUUGCUUUGUUCCUCCAUGAUAACUCAUAUAUACAUAUAUUGUACAGUCUACAUAAAGAAGAUUACCUUAAGGAUUGAGAAAAAAAUACUUAUUUUGGCUAAUGAUUUCAAAGUCGGGAGAUUUUGAAAGGCUUUUGGAUAUAUAUGGUGUACAUUACUCAGUACAUGUAUGUUUGUUCUAGCUCGUCAUGUUUCUUCUUCUUCGUGUUCUCAGAGAUUGAGGUUAGGCAUGUAUGGGAUGAAAGCAUAUGAUUUUUACAGGAAAAAUGCAUGGACAAAACCGUCCGGGUGGUAUACCAACAUAAUGUUCAAGUUUGUCUUAAACGCUGCCAUAAUACAGCGAAUAAUAUCAGUUACAUGGCAAAUGUUGUUGCCAGUUUUAGGGUCAGCUCUUGAAUAUGGAUUUACCAUAUUAUGAAAAUAUGAAAUGUUCUUUAAAAAAAAAUCUGUUUUUAUAAGGGAAGCAUGAGGACAUUUAAUUUAGAAGCCGACCUUAAAUGCAAUAUGUAAACAACAAUGUGCACCCCAUCAUAACGACAUUAUGAUUUGCCAAAGAUUCAAACACAUAACUUCUAUGGUGUCUACAUGUUUGGCUUUUUCCCAAGGAAAUUGUGUUGCUAAGCCGAAUUAAUUCAUAAAUGUUCCUUCUGUUGCCAGUAAAUAUGCAGACCCACAUACCACUAACACCACCAUUAUAUAUGAACUUCCCUAUUCUCUCUCUCGUCCUCUCCAUUGCAACUGAAUGGAGUUGAGACUAUUGUUAACCCGUUUAGAAAUACCAAGCACUUACCAAUGGAAUACCACAACCAUACAACAGAUGCAGAGAUGCAAACAAUUACUUUAUAUAAUUUCAUGUGAAUAUCAGUGUUGAAGGCAAAAUGUUGUCUACAAUUCUUCAAAUAUCUUUUAUUUGAGCUACUAUGUCUAGCUAUAAUCACCCCGAUGUCCAAACCGUGGCCCUCUGUGACCCUCUGUGGCCCUCCGUGGCCCUCUCAAAAGUAACAUGAUUUAUUUAUUCUCCUUAUUUAUUCUUUAUUUGCCGGUAUGUUUUUUUUUUUUUUUUUAAGUCCUCAACAUUUCAAGCUACAUGACCCCGCGGUUGUCAGUCAGUGUUAACCAAUGGAAAUGGAAUGUGUUUUUGUGUGGAGGUGUGUGGAGGAAUUCAGUGUACAGACGGGACUUAAUGAGUGUGUGAAUGUAUUACUUAGGAUGUACAGAAGGGUCUUGUGUUUUUUUCUUCAUUUGCAUUAUACUGUCAUGGCUUACCUGUUCCUGAGGAGAAAAAAAAACAUUAAAGCAAUACAAAUCCGUUACAGUAAAACA